AUGCCCUUCGGUGAGACGAUUGCAGUGAUUGACAAGUCCGGUCAAGUCGUCAGCACGCGACCACAGAGCAAGCAUUUAUUCGGUGUUUUCAGCCACGCCAAGAAUGCGUACCGUGACCGCAAAGCACAGGUUCAAUCCGAACGGAAUGCGAAAAUUGCGGAGAAGAUCGCAGAGAGGGAAACACUGAGAGCGUUGCAGAACUAUACAAUUGAUGAUUCCCCGUCAGUGGCCUCCUCCCGGAGAAGCCAUUCGCGACAUCACUCCACCCGCAGACACCAUUCGCAUCACCACUCCCGUAGCGGGUCUGUCUAUGAGCAGGACCUGCAUUCGGCGGCACCCCGUGCAGCAUCUGCCUAUGCACCUCAAUCGGAAAUGAUCAGACGUCAUACUGAUCAGGAUCUCAUGGUUCGGCAACCCGAUGUCCGACCCGCCGCCGCGCGGUCCAAAUCCGAUGCCGAUAUCGACAUGCACCUAGCGUACGGUGACUAUCACCCCUCCGAAUUGACCAGGCAGCCGUCACAUGGACAAGAACAACAACUCCAGAAUAUCGAAGAUCCCGAGUUGAAUAACCUCGUCGACCGCACCCAGUGGCUGUUGGAGGAAGCCAACUGCUUGCACCACAGCGCGACGGCUACCAUCGGCCAUCUCCAGAAGAACCCGGAUGCAAUGGCGGCUGUUGCACUUACCCUCGCGGAGAUCAGCAAUCUGGUCACCAAGCUGGCUCCAUCGGCGCUGUCUACACUCAAAGCCGCAGCCCCCGCCGUCUUUAGCUUACUCGCCAGUCCUCAAUUCCUCAUCGCUGCUGGAGUCGGUCUCGGCGUUACGAUCGUCAUGUUUGGUGGCUACAAGAUCAUCAAGCAAAUCCAAUCCUCAGCCAGCAAUACCAUCACCAAUACCACCAAUGAAGGCGCGAAAGCCCCAGGAGGCGAGGAGCCUGAGCAAAUGGACGAUAUGAUCGAAUUUAACACAGACUGCCUGGGCUCGGUCGAGAUGUGGCGACGCGGUGUGGCAGACGUCGAGGCCGAGAGCCUCGGAACCUCCGUGGAUGGAGAAUUCAUAACCCCGACGGCCGCGAUGAUGUCCGGCAUUGAUAUAACUACGGCACGACUCUCGCGAGAUCCUCGUUUCAAAUUCGACGACGAUGAGUCCAGAGCCUCGGCACACCGUCCACGUCGCUCCCGGGGUUCUCGGGCCAGCCACGCUCCCCCCAAAGCAGAAACAAAACCGGGAUCGAUCUUCUCGAGAAGUUCACGUAAGCCACCUUCGAAAGCGCCAUCGAAAGCGCCAUCGAAGGCAUUCUCCUCAGUUGGCUCUCAAUAUUCAGAUAAAGACAGGAAGUCGAAAGACAAAAAGAAGCCGAGUCGACUACGCUUGAUGUUCUUGGCCUGA